ACAGUCCAGCAACACAACAGCCAUUCUGCUAUUUGUGAAUAGCUAUUUCCGGUAGUUGCAUAAAACAAACAUGGAAGAUACUAAAAUGGAAAAUCAGACAGUUUUGGGUCACAACAAUAAUGUCCUCGAAGACCUUAAAGAAGGCGAUCUUAUUGAGUUUCGGAACGAACAGGUCUCUCAUUGGGCUGUUUACAUUGGAGAAAAGCGCGUCAUACACCUUAAAGGUUUAGAAAAUGAUGAAGACAAUUCUGAACAUGGCAUUACAGUCAAUGGAGAGAGAUUCAAAAGGGUUUGUGUAAUACAAGAUUACUUUCGGAAUGUUGCCAAAGAUUCCAAAGCCUUCAAGAACAAUGAUGAAGACGAACAAAUGACUCCAUAUCAUCCUAAGGAGAUCUUGAGGAGGGCGUUUGAUAGGAUUGGAACAAUAUACGACAAUGUAAUGUGUGACAGUAAAGACUUCGCUUUUUAUUGUAGAUACAAAACAUCUAAACUUGUGCAGGCAAUUGAGAGUAAAAACAGAACUGUUCUGGAGACACUUAAGGAAGGCGACCUUGUUGAACUUCGCAGGGGAUUGCACACUCAUUGGGCUAUUUACAUUGGAAACCGAAAUGUCGUGCACUUCGUAUAUGAGGAAACUGAUAAUGCAAUCUUUGACAAAAUAUACGAGAAAGGUUCCGUUAAACAGGAUGACUUUUGGAAAAUUGCUUAUGACUUCGAGGUCUACAAGAAUGAUGAUAAAUACAAGUAUCCUGAAGCACAUUCACGACAGGAGACUGCUGAGAAGGCUAAAGAAAAGAUUGGUGAAACAAAUUAUAGUAACAGCGAACAGUUCGUUAUCAGCUGUAUAUACAAAAGCUCUAAACAGAAUGUCUCGAUUCGAAACAAUGCUUUUCUGGAGAGUCUUGUUUCCGGCGAUCUUGUCGAAUUUCGGAAAGAGUAUUGUUCUCAUUGGGCUAUUGUAUAUUCUACACACUAUGUUAAUCGUAGUGAAGAUAAGAAAGUUAAGAAAGUUAAGAAGGUAAAGGUCGUACACCUUGUAGGCGAGGAUGAAGUUGUAGAUGAUGAUGACAUUGCAAAAACAAAGAAACUGUUUAAAAUAUUUGGCAAGAACUUCAGAAAAGCCAGUGCUAAAUUUGCUGACUUUUUUGAAGUUGCUUCUGACUCUGUAGCCAUAAAAAAUAAUAAUCUAGACGAAAUUAUGAGGAAAGAUAAACCUGAGAUGAUUAGAAAAAGAGCCCGUAAAAUGAUUGGAAACAUAAAUUUUAACAGCCGAUUGAAAACCUGUGAGCGCUUCGCUACAGUCUGCAGAUAUGGAAAGGAUGAAUAUUUAAAGGUUAAACAAAAUCUCCGUUCAAACAACAGAAGUGUUCUUAAAAGUCUCAAAAAGGGGGAUCUUGUGGAACUUUCCAGGGGAAAAGACUACCAUAGUGCUGUAUACAUUGGAGGCAACAAAGUCGUGCACAUUGCUGGUAAUGAGUAUGAUUUCAGAAGUAAUGCUUCACAUCCACGCCGAACAGCAGAGAAAGUUCUUAUAAAAAAAGAAAACAUUUGGCAAAUUGAUCAUGGUUGUAAAAUCUCCAAAAGCAAUGAUAAGUACGAAAAAAAAUUUAAAUCGUUUGGUCCUGAAGAGACAAAAAAGAGAGCAGUUAGCAUGCUUGGAGAAAAGGACAUCGAUGACAAAUGGGCUAACUCUGAAAGAUUUGCUGUUUUUUGUAGAUAUGGGACAGAUCUUGACCAGAUUCGGAUGCACAACGAAUCUGUCUUGAAAGAUCUCAAAGAGGGCCGUCUUAUAGAGCUUGAAAGAGAACGACACAAACAUUGGGGAGUUUAUGUUGGAAGCAAUAUUGUAGUACAUCUUAAUGAUAAUUACCCUGACAAUAUAGUACAUCGGAAAGGUUUCAUUCUACAAAACAGAUUGUGGGAUCUCGCUCAGAACUCUCGAAUCAUAAAGGAUGAAAAAAAAGACAGGACGAUGACGUGA